AACAUUCGCUUUCGUCAUCAUUCAUGUAGUGCGCUUCUAGGCAUAGGAGCGGUUAAAACGCACUGUGUUGGUUUUACAAUAUCUGUCUUUUUACUGAUCAGUAGCGGUUCAAAGCUUACAGAUUUGCUUGUAUAUACUUAACCAAUCUUAUGACUGAAAAUGGAGCUGGCACACGGACUACUUUUGAAUGAGGAAGCUUUAAAACUUGUUGGAGAAAACAAGCGCGGUGUAUUUGUUUAUGAGUGGCUACGUUUCUUACAGAAAGUGUUAAAAGCUUCACAAAAGUCUGAUAUUAAAGAGAAACAAGACAAGCUUAUAGAACAGCUUACCAACCAAAUUCUUGAUGGACCUGGCCCACCAACAAGAGCUCUUAUCGGGCAUUGUCUUUCUGCAUUGUACAAGAUUGGUGACAGUUUUGGGAUAUAUGAUGCGGUAUGCAAGUGCCAAGAUAUCAUUAAAAGCAAAGAUGAUUCGCCAAGCUAUCUGUCUGUGAGACUAGCUGCAAUUGUAGUGAUUGGAAUAUUGUACGAGCACAAUGGAAGAAUGUUGGGAGGUUUAUUUACGGACACAGUUCAAGUUCUCGUGAAAGGAUUAAAAAAUGCUGAAUCGCAAACACGCUCGGAGACACUUACUGCCCUCAAGUGUCUGCUCAUCGGAUUAGGAUCUUCUGCAACGAUGUGUCACCGAGAUAUCUAUAAAGUUGCCAAACAUCUAUUGGCCGAUCGUUCUACAUUUGUCAGGAGUUCAGCUGCAGAAUGUUUGGAGGAACUAAUCAAAGAAGCUGGCUUUGUGUAUUCAAACGAGUUCGAGCCACUAAUGCAACAGUGUGUUCGUGCUUUAGAAGGUAGCACAUAUGAGACCAGGUGUGCAGUGGCGAGACUUAUCGGAACUUUUGUAGCUGGAAGCCAGAGAACAAAACCAACACUGGCAAAAGGAAAGAAACCAAGUUUAGAAGAAGUUCUUAAUUCGCUCUCAAACGGAUUUUUGAACGCUGGGUCAACUGGGGGCGCUAGAGACCUCUUAAAGGGAAAUUCAAGUCCUUCUUCAAUAAGAAAUAUUCGAAUCGGUAUUUCCGAAGCUUUUGUUGAGUUUGUGAGAGAACUUGGCAGUGAUUGGUUGCAGAAAAAUAUCUCAACGUUUUUAAACAAAGUACUGGAAAUGGUGGCCCAGCCCAAGGCUUCUGUCUCCCACGUGGAUGCGGUUUACUCCCGUCGUUGCAUCACUUUCAUACUCAGAUCCACGCUUGGAGCAAUGUUGGGUGAACCACAGCAACAAGUAGCUGUCCUUGAACUUUGUAGAAUCAUAUCAAAGCAAACAAGUUAUCUUGAUGCAAACGUGUCAGACAACUCUAACCAGGAGAUCUUAUCCAGCCAGCAUGUUCUUGUAUGUGCCACACAAGAAGUUGGAAGUUUAAUGAGAGGUUUAUCAACUGCUGCAUUGCCUUUGGUGGUUGAAGCACAGAACAGUAUAGUGGAUCCUAUAUUGGCAGUGUUGUUAUACCCAUCGCAUGCAGCACGCUUAUCUGCAGCUUGGUGUCUACGAUGCAUAGCAGUUGCCCUGCCAUCACAACUAUCAAUAAUGAUUGACAGAUGUGCAGAAAAAAUAAAAACCCUUAAGUCAUCAGGAGAGGCUAUAUCAGGGUACAGUGCGGCUAUUGCAAGUUUGCUUGGUGCUGCAAGAGAAUGCCCGAUGGGAAUUCCUUAUGAUAAGGGCAAGAUGAUCUUCAAGUUAGCGGAAGAUAUGCUGAGAUCAGUUGGUCAAAACAGUCGCCUCUCUCUCUUCCGGACACAAGGAGGAUGGUUGAUGAUCGGAUCACUUCUCACUCUUGGAUCAACUUUCGCUCGCCCCCAUCUUCCCAAGCUCCUCCUGCUCUGGAAGACCAGCUUUCCACGAUCGAUGCGGGAGUUGGACCAGGAGAGGCAGCGAGGAGAUGCGUUUUCAUGGCAACUCACUCUCGAGUCAAGAUCAGGAGCUUUAUGUGCUAUGAGGAGUUUUGUUGCUCAUUGUGGAGAUAUAUUGACAGAAGAACUCACUAGAAAGCUGAUGGUUCCAUUGGAAAGUGCAUUGGCUAUGAUGGCAAUACUACCCCAAAUAAUCUCAUUGUACGGCCCCCAUUUAAAAGCAGGGGCAGCCAUGGUUAGGCUGAGGUUGUACGACAUUCUUGCUUUACUUUCACCAACAAGUUAUGAAGGCAGUUUCAAUGCUUUGUUGAGGGAACUUGUAGCUGAGUUCACCCUCACAGAUAAUCAAGCCAACACAACAACAUCUCUUCUACAUUCCCUCUGCCACCAUGAUGAUAAUGUGUUGCUUGGUACAUGGCUGAAGGAAUCUGAUCAGAGCUUGAUAGAAAACCAGCUACAAAGCCACAGUGGUUCAGGUUCAGGGUCAAUUGAGCAUGAUCCUACUACAGUCUACCUUCAAUCUUAUGAGGAAAAUGUUGCCCCUGGUCCCUUACCAUUAGGCAUUAGUGUGAUUGACGCAGCUAUUGCCUUGUUUGGUCUUGCGUUUCCUCAUGUAGCAAUGAAACACAGACUUCAAAUGCUCAACCAUUUUGAUGAGUGCGUCAAACAAGCUAGCAAGAAUGCACAGCGGCAAAAAGCGAUUCAAAUUAAUGUUUUCACAGCUCUGAUAUGUGCUCUCAAAGGGCUAGCUGAAAGCAAAAGACACUUAGGUGGUGACGAUGUACAAGUUGCCGCCACUAGUCUUAUUAUUACAGCUCUAACAUCAACUGAUGCUACAUUACGUUGUGCAGCUGGUGAGGCAGUGGGUCGAAUGACACAAGUCACAAGCGAUAAUAAUUUCCUUUCAAAAACUGCCCAACUAUGCUUUGAAAAAUUAAAGACAGCGAGAGAUGUGAUAUCCCGUACUGGCCAUUCUUUUGCAUUGGGUUGCUUGCAUAGAUAUGUGGGGGGUAUGGGUAGUGGCCAACAUCUGAGAAUGAGUGUUGGUAUUCUACUGGCUCUCUCACAGGAUAGUAACUCUCCCGAAGUACAGGUGUGGGCACUUCAUGCUCUCUCUUUAAUCAUCGAUGCAUUUGGUCCGAUGUUCCGCUCUUUUGUCGAACCUGCCCUCCAAGUCGUGCUCACCCUUUUUCUACAAGUGGCACCUCACCAUAUACAAGUUCACAGAUGUCUGGGUCGCUGUUUAAGCGCGCUCGUCACGACCAUAGGGCCUGAAAUGCAAGUUACGAGUUCUACAAUAUCUGGCAUCAGAUCAUCUUGUUUAACAUCAUGUGCGAUCAUGUCGCAUCAUGCAGAUGCACAGGUUCAAGCAGAAUCGGUUGGCUGCCUUCAGCAACUUCAUAUGUUCGCACCACGCCAUGUGGAAGUAGCAUCUCUUGUACCAAGACUAUGUCGAUACUUAUCAAGUUGGCAUCUAAUCCUGCGACGCGCGUCAGUCUCAUGCCUGCGACAACUGGCACAGAAGGAGGCAUUAGAAGUUUGUCAGAUAGCAUCUACUAACACACAAGAUGACGAUGUUAAUAAACGUGGUGUAGUUAUAACUGACAGUGGCCUGGAAGGUGCAUUAUUUUCGCUGCUGGACCGAGAAAUGAACACGAAACUUGCAUCUGAUAUUAGAGACACAAUCAAUCAUAUUCUACAAGACCUUGCAAUGAAAAAUCUACGUUUCUGGCUUACACUGUGCAAAUCUGUGCUUGCUGCUUCUACUGAUAAUACUGCUCUAAGCAAGAUUGAACACGAACAACAGGAAACAAACGAGGACAAAGAUGAAAAUGAUGACGAUAUAUUUACUGCAAAUAAGGAGAAAAAGAAAGAGAAUGUCAUCCAACCAAGAUGGCCGACGCGUGUAUUUGCCAUUGAACUUGUACGUCGUAUAAUAUCAAUGUGCCACAGUAGUUCAGAUGAAGCUCAUUUUAAUUUAGAACAAGCAAGAAAUGUCGUUCGUAACGAAGGCACAGGUGACUACCUGGUCAUCCAUUUAUCGGAUCUUGUAAGAAUGUCAUUCAUGGCAUCCACUGACAACAGUGUUCAACUUAAAAUGGCCGGCCUUGAAGCUCUGCAGGACGUGAUCAAAUAUUUUAAAGACGUGCCCGAACCUGAGUUCCAAGGUUCAGUUAUAUUAGAGCAAUACCAAGCUAAUGUUGGAGCUGCAUUACGUCCAGCUUUUCUAUCUUCUGAUACAUCAGGAGAGAUUAUGGUUAAAGCAUGCGAAGUGUGCAGUGCAUGGAUAACUAGUCUGGUUGUAAGGGAUCUAUCGGAUCUUAAACGAGUGACCACUCUACUGGUAUCAAGUCUGGACAUGGUUAAACAAGGCACAGAGGGUAAAGAAACAUACAGUGAAAGUGCUUCUACAAUGAUUAAACUGGCAGUGUUGAGUGCUUGGUCCAAGAUCUACAUCGCCGCCAUGCACCCUGACCCUUCAAUUGACCCUACAGGAGUCGUCGAGCAGAAUAUGCUUACACUGGUACAACCCCACCUUGACGUGUUAUCCCAACAUUGGGUAGCUGUGGUGAAAGAUCAAGCAAUUUUGAGGCUCCCACCUGAGUUUCAUUCCCAUUUACCAGAACAAGGUGGAAACUUUUUCACGAUUGAGUCAAUGUCGUCAGUUCGUGGCCAUUACGCCACUGCAUGGCCGACUAUAUUACAUGCAUUAUCAUUAUGGCUUGCACAUGUGGAUUUUGCUAGUGAUGAUGAUGAUGUAAAGAGUGAAGAAAACAACACAAAGUUACACCUCGCGUUGGGUGUUUGUGUUGAAGCUCUAUGCUCACCUCGCACCUCAGAUUCAAUCAGUGUGAUUUUAUCAUGUCUUUCAACACUGGAUUCUCUGUUCUCAUCUGAAUGGACACGAAAGAAAAUAAAUGAGGAUCAUUUAAUAUCCGUCGAGUUACUGAAUGUAUUGCAUCGCUUACUACUUACACGAGACUCACACACCACACAGCAAAUUGUUCUUCGAAUUGCAAAGAAGGUUAUUUCUGGAGCCAUACAGUAUAAGAAUAAAGGUGAUGCAGAUUCUGAAGUAUCACAAGGAGAAGGAGGGAAGAAUGGAUCAAUUGAAGCGGGAAGAUCACUCGUCUUUGCAUCACUUGAGAUUUGCAUGUGUGUCCUCGUGCGGAAAAUGCCAUCAGUCAACCCUACUUUUAGAAACACAUCAAGUGACUACCAACCAAAACGUGGUCCGCUACCAACAGAAGGAGCAACUCUCGUAUCAACUGCUCUCAAUCUACUUACAGAUAUCUUGGAUCUAUGUUCUCCGAGAGGUUGUCUAACCAUCCUUCCAACUAUAUUGUUCCUUCUUACUGGAGUGUUAAGAGAAAGUGUAACAUGUUAUGAUGGAAGUAUUUGUUCUGUAUCUGCUACUACCAGUGCUCUACAGUCUCUUCGCAAAUUACUAACUUCUGAUCACAUAAAAAGUGGAAAAUACUGCAAUGAAUGGAUCCAACUUCUACAAAGCUCUCUGCUUACUAUUCUAGACUUUGCCGAUGACGAUUCAUUGAACCACGACCCGGUCUCCAUGGUAACCACCAUCUCGCUCUUCAUCCUCACUGCUCCACCUAGUGUUGUGGAUGAACCACAGAUCAACAGGAAAAUCGUUAACUUCUUCCAAAACAAGUUGUCCUCCAGUGAUCCUAAAAUUGAACUGAAGACUUUAUCUCUAAUCUCUCCAAUCUUCCGUCACAAUGAUCCCAACAUCUCAUCUUUCUUCAUCCAACACCUCGCUCCCUCCAUCAUCACCAAGCUCCAACAUCCGGAUCAGAUCUCCUCCUCCCGGCUCUCUGUUGCCACCGAGUGCAUGAACGUAAUGGAACUUCUUGUGUCGACGUCAAAUCAACACAAAACAGCAGUUGUAGGCAUGGUUGUUCCUAUUCUAAUAUCUUGUCUUACCGAAACCACCACCAGUACCACUACACAACAUCGUGUCUCUCUACACGACAGCGCACUUAAAAAGCUUUUACAAAUCGGGCUAGCUUAUCCUGAGCCGUUUAAAUCGUCUUUAGAAACCGUACCUGGAUUUAAGGCUCGUUUAGAAAACGCAAUCCGUAAGAAUCAAAACGACGCCCAGCAAGCUAGAGAAAGGGCUGUAGUUAAAAAUUCCGCAGCCUCCGCGACAAAUAAGCCGUCACAACCAUCUAUUAAGCUUAAAAUGGAUUUUUCUAACUUUGGAAAAAAGUAGCAUCUGUAAAGUUAUAUCUAUAUAGUAUAUAUUUAUCGUAAAUUUUAGCAGCUGCGUAGAUUAUUCAGCAAUUGCUCUCCUGUUUUUAAUGCUUCCAAUCGCUAAUAAAUGAAACUGUAACGAA